GUAUGAUGACCCACUGCUAGAUUCUAGUGGUGUGUAGAUCUCGCCGGGUGAAACUGAAACUCCUACAUUUGCCAGCACAGGCAGCCAACAGCUGAUUGCAAGCGAACUCUCUCAGAUCUAGAUCUAGAAUCUAGAUAUUAGAUCUAGCAGGACCGUUUUUUUUGUCUUGUUUUCAUAUGGAUGUUUUUAAUGAAGGGAACCUGACUUUCAUAUUCUCAUUCUGUUUACUUUCUACUUGAUGGAAUUGUAUUUAGACUCGAUAGGCUCUGAGACUGAGAACCUUCCAUGGACGUGGUGUUACUGUUACACUGAUGGUUCAACGAGACAACAGUAACAGUGGUUGCUGUUUGUGUGGAUGUGGGUGGAUGUGAGGUGUGAGAACAGCCAACCAUAGACUACGCACAGCAGAUUGUGUCAACUUUGUUACUGAGAUUAAGUUUGAUUAGAAGGCGAAGGUUACUUAGAAUCUAGAUCUAGAAUCUAGAUCUAGAUAUCUAGAUCAGUCAAGAGAUAUUCAGACGUGUUUUUUUUUCUUCAUCACUUCAUUCAUCUGGAUCAGAAAGACUGUGUGUGCAGAUUUGGAACCUGUAGUGGAUGAGCAGCUAGAGCGAGCCCACCAUGGACUUUGACAGUCAGAGUAUGGUGAGCAGCGUGAGCCGGCAGAGCUUUGAGAAGCCGGGCUCAGACAUCAAGAAGAUGGGCUACCUGAAGAAACUGAAGACGGGCAAGCGGAAGUUCUUCGUGCUGCGCUCCACCAGUUCCAGCGGCCCUGCCAGACUCGAGUACUACGACACCGAGAAGAAGUUCAAGGCCGGAUCCCCGCCCAAGAGAGCCAUUCUGCUACACACCUGCUUCAAUAUCAACAAGAGUUCUGACACUAGACAGUUGGUAACAAUCUGCACGGUGGCCCACAACGACUGCUCCUACAUGAGCACGGUGAAAGACCCCAGCAUCCGCAAGGAUUUCUCGGGACAAUUCCGCAAGCGCAGCGAGAGCCACUCCUCCAUGAGCCCCGGAGGUCAGCGUCCCGUGAAGACAGAGCCCCGGCCCGUGUCCUACUACCCACCGUCCACCUCUGCCUGGCACUCGCUGGACGCCAACUCUCCCAACAGUCCUAGCUAGUCGUACAACGGAGAGAAUCUGGAGACAGCCCUCAACAAGGAGGAUCGACACCUGAGUCUGGUACCUCCGGACAUGUCCGCGCCCACCUCUCCUGGAUGUCUGGACGGCCGACGAGAUCCGACCACGGACUCCCCCACACCCAGUGCCAGCCCUCUCAGCACCUCUGUCAAGUCGGACGACUCCGACUCCUUCAUGGAGUACAUGCCCAUGCGACCACGGACAGCCAGCGACAGCUACAACUACCGCCACCGCACCUCCAGCUUCGGCAAGAUGCAGCAGUCGUGUCGGCCGCGCUCCUCCAGCCACGGCCAGGGCACUCGGCCAAUCAUCAAGUUCAGCAAGCUGGUGGGUGGGGAGCGGGCGCGGCUGUCCCAGGAUCCACUACAGCGAACGUCACGCGACUCCUCGCUACACGGCUCCUUCGACUCGCUGCGUGUGUCCAGUGAGAGCUUGCGACGAACCUCUCAGGAGAUGAGACAACACAGCGGCUCCAACGCCAGCGACUACGGGGACGCGCGGGGCACCCCGUCCCCUCAGCUCAAGGUGGCCAAGGAGGGGGAGGUGGGCUACGUCAGCAUGCAGCUGGGGUCUGCGCGCCGUUCCUCGCCGCACCGCGUGCGAACCGACUCGAGUGGCAGCGGCCGGCGGUCUGAGGCAAAGUCAACCAGCUCGGAGAAACUUCAGCAGCACCUGGCGACCGGCGACGAUUACACGGAGAUGUCCCCACUGAGCGCGUCUGGGAGUACUGUGAGCGACGCGGGGGCUGGGGAGUCUUACAUCAACAUGGACUUUGGCUCCCGCAACAGCUUCAGCAGCGAGACAAAGUCUGUGGGCAAUCUGUCGGCCAGUGGAUCGUCCCGCCCACCAGACAAAGCCUACAUGAACAUGGACAUGGACGCUCGCCGCGAGAAAGUGGAGUCCGGCCGCUCUGUGUCCAUGGAGAACGUGGACUCGACCUACGUGGUGUACGACCCCUCCCACAGCUCCUCCCAUAGCUCCGCCCACACUGUAGACAACACAGACUCCACCUACGUGGCCUACGACCCGGCACACGCGGGGAACAAACCCAGGACCGGCUCUCUCGGCUCCAAAGACAAGAAGUCUCGGCCUGGCUCCGGUCGGAAAAGCUCGUCUGCCUCCACGUCUUCGACGUCCUCCUCCUACAACCAGCCCUCGGUGUCGGCCUCGUCGCGGAAAGGAGGCAGCAGUGACUCUCUCCGUAAGGCCAGCCGCCAGUCGUCCAUGGAGAAGACAGGAAGUCUGGGCAAGGACUUCCGCAAGAAGAGUGGCUCCACGGGCACGCGGCCAGCCAGCGCCAAAGGUGGGCCCAGCCAGCAGGCGGCUAUGAUCCCCGUGAGGAAACUCCCCGCCGCCCGGAGCCAGGUGGAGGAGCCCAGCGAUGAGUACAUCGAGUUUGACCCCUCAGUCACCGUGGAUACGCCACACACUCACCUCAUGCACCACCACCCUCACCCCCACCCCCACCACCCGGGCCCCCCCCCCAUGAGCUGUGCGUCUCACGUGGUGCGGAGCGUUCCCCCGUCAGGGCUAGCAGCCAGCGGCACGGCUCGCAUCCACCACCACCACCACCAGCCCCCCCCACCCUCCGGCACCCUCACCCACGACUCGGACAACGCCUAUACUCUCUUCUCCCCCGGCCCGCCCCCACCAUCAUCGCUGUCAGCGACUUCGUCUGUCUCCCCCGCCCCAUCCUGUGCCCCCGUGGGAAAACUGGUCCAGUUCCAGCCCAAGCCGCCUGCCUCUCUCUCCGCUCCACCCCACAGACCGGCCUCUUCUGCCUCCUCCAGAGCCAAGUCUGUGCUAGCCAAAGAUGAGACGGAAUACGUGGGAUUCCAACCUGGGAACAUACCAGCGUCCUUGUGUGCCUCCUCCUCCCUCUCCUCUCCCUCCUCCUCCUCUCCCUCCUCCUUCUGUCCCGCGUCCUCCCACCGCGCCAAACACGUGGAGGCAAAGGACGUUCCUGAGUACGUGGGAUUCGAACCCCGGGGACCAACCGCUGUGUCGUCGGUGUCUGUGAACCAGUCCCCCCACCCGUCGACCGCCCGGCUCAUUGACCAGUCAGAGUACGUGGGCUACCAGCCUGGCCCCGCCCCACCCCCCGCCCCCAGCGACCCAUCCUUCCACAAACCUACGGGAGUGUUGUCCUACAUCCACAGCCAGGCUCCGCCAGAAUCAGUCACAGCCACAGCGGCAGCGCCAAGUGUCUUCAGCAGGCCGCGCCCCUCCCCCCCUCACAAACACGUGUCUCUAGACUCGGCCACCUCUGGCCACACUGGGGGAAAGUCUGGCUCUGUCAGUCCACGCCUGGCCGCUAGCCCCAGCCUCACGCUCCACUGCUCCUCCUCCUCCUCUCCCUCCUCCUCCUCUUCCCACGCCUCCACCUGCUCUCCUCUCUCUGCCUCAAGUACGACAUUACCGACCACCUGUUCACCAUCAGUCAGCAGCAGCCAGCAACCGUUGCCCCCCCUCCCUCCCCUCCCCCCCCUCCCCUCCCCACCCAGCAUGCCCCCUGUCCCCCCACUUCCUGUGCCGGCUGCGAUCACCAAGACGACAUGUCCGCAGCCUGAACCCCCCAAAACGGAGCCCGCCCCCUCCCCUGCCCCCUCCCCCGCGACGACUGUACCUCCGACGGUAUCUCCAACUGUACCUCCGACUGUCGCGGACACCAGUGAGUACAUGACCUUCAGCCCAGCGGCGGCCGCCCCAGCCCCGCCCUCGUCCCCCAGAGCGACUCCCAGCUCCCUGCUCAAAGAGAACACGGCCCCCGGCUCCCUGCUGCCUGUGCAGGGCCUGUCUAUGGUCAGUGAGGGGCUGGAACCUCACACCUCCCCGCUCUCUGUGGACGUGGGUGGGGGGGGCGAGGCGGCCUUGCUGGGCACUCACAGAACGCCUGGCACCUCUCAGUCAGGGAAGGGAGGCCACAAGAACGCGGCCAGGAAGGGCAACCAGUGGGCGGUUCCCUCCAAGGAGCAGCAGUUUUGUCGCCAGAUGUCUGCCCCAGCCGCCAUGAACCAACCCCCACUGGGCACCGCGGGGGACCGCACCCCUCAGCCCCCCUCCCCCUCCCCCGCUCCCUCCCCUGCGUGCCCCCCCCAACCUGCCCCCCCCAGCCCCUGUGUGGGUGAGGCGUGUGUGAGCGGUCAGCGAGUGAGGCAGCCCCACACCCCCCCGCCCGAUCCCCCCUCCCCCGCCCCUCCAUCCUCCUCCCGGCAUAAACACAACAGCGGCCCUCCCUCCUCCUCUCAGAAGUCAGGUCGUAAGGUCAGUUCUUCUGACUCUGAGAAACCCCUACGCAAGGGAAGUAAGUCUGACUCCAACUCCUCUCUGACCUCGUCGGGCGGGAAGAGCAAGCGUCGGGCAGGAAGUGGGGACAAGUCUCCCCUGGGCAGCGCUGAGAAGAGCCCCCUGUCUCCGUCACGAGCUGGGGACGAGUUCUUUGGGCCGGACUCGGGUGUGGCCUCGGGGAAAGAGCUGGAGGCCAAGAUGGUGCCGGUGGAGGCCAAGAUCCGACACAGUCUGGGCGACAUGACCGCCGUGGUGGGCGUGGUCAAUAAGGAGGGUCAAGGUCACGGGGGAUUGUCUCGCCCAGGAAGUACACCGUGCAUGCAGACGCUGGAUCCCGUACCAGACUCGGGGAGUCGCUCGGCCGGAGACGUGCCCGCCUCCCAGAGGUCAGGGGUCACUUCCUGUAGCACGACCGGCCCUCGUAGCAGACACAGCCUCUCCGACCUCGGGGCCUUUCAGCAGAUGAACCUGGCCCAGCCACCCCCCUCCCCCACCACCACCGCCACCGGGAACACCACCGCCGCUGCCGGGAAAGAUCUCGGCUCAAAGCAAAGUGCUGGCGGUUGUGGUAGCGGAGGUGUGGUGUUCACCGCGGGACCUAGCAGUGGCAGCGUGGGAAGUGGGGGGUCGGGCGGGGGUGGGGGGUCGGGGAGCGCGGAGAGUACGUCCAGCAGUGGGAGCGGGGAGGCCACCCCUAAACUUCUCAACUACGUCAAGCUAGACAUUGCAGCGGGCGAGGCGGGCCGGGCCAAGAGCAGGAACUGUUCCGACGCCGAUGAACGCCAACCCCCGGUCUCCUACGCCGAGAUCGACUUUGACAAGUCUCAGAACCUGAACAAAGCUCUGGCCGUGGCUCAUGCCUCCGACGCGGCGUCCUCCAAGUCUUGA